UUCCUUGUACCCUGAGAGAUGGUGGGAUCAGCCGAGCAGUGCUAGAGGAUGAGAGGGAGCGUGGUGCAGUGUGGGAUGUGAUAAGUGCUUUUAGAUAAGUCGGCACUGGUCCGUUUUUGGUUUUGUAGGCCAGCAUCAGUGUUUUAAAUCUGAUGUGGGCAGCUACAGGAAGCCAGUGGAGGGCGUGUAGCAAUGGGGUGGUGUGGGAGAACUUAGGAAGGUUGAAAACCAGUCAUGCAGCUGCAUUCUGCAUUAGUUGCAGAGGUCGAAUGGUGCUCAGAGGCAGACCUGCCAGGACCGAGGUGCAGUAGUCCAGUCUUGGAAUGACAAAGAACUGAACAAGCACCUGAGUGAAAAGAGAGAAGUGGUACUGGUUGGUUGUCAACAAUGAGAAGGUUGAUCUGGGAGGUAACUGUAACUACAGUACUGUGCAAAAGCCUUAGAUACAUGCCAAGAAAUGCUGUAGAGAAAAGAUGCAUUCAAAAAUAAUGAAAUUAAAUGUUUCUACAUUAAAGAAAUACUAUAAAGAACAGUAAUAAAUGAAACAAAGUCAAUAUUUAAUGUGAUGAUCCUUCGCUUUAAAAUAAAACAGUAUCUGAGGUGCAGUGUGUGCAGUUUUAUAAGGAAAUGAGCUGGAAGUGUUACUGAGCAUCUUGCAGAAGCAGCCACAGUUCUUCUGGAGACUUUGACUGUCGACUCGCUUCUUAUUUCUGCAGCGAAACCCAGCAGCCUACGUGGUGCUGGCAAACACAGUCCCCUAUGUAUGGAGACACCCUGUAUAUAUUAUCUAAUAUACACAAGUUGUUUAUUAACACUGUAGCAGUCAGAGAAUUAACCCACACUGAAUAUUACAAGCUUAAUUCUGCUGUUGUAGCAUCAUUAUUAUUACAGCUACAACUUGUGCACCUCAACAGGAAUACACAGAGGAACAGCAACACACAGCGACACCACAAGAGAGUCCACGUCCAAACCCAGAGGAAUGUUGUGUCCAUUUCUCUUUUACACUGCCUUCUAGUAAACCUUCAAGAAGACCUGAAGAAACCAGAGUGGACUGUCGAGAACGUGUAGUCAUGGUCAAGACCAUCACCAGUCUGUGUGAAGACCUCAAUACUGAGUGGGUGCAGAAAGUCAUCAACGCUUAUGACUGGUGUCUGAAGAAAGGUUACACCCCUAAACAGGACAGCAGUGAAAUUCAGCCCUUGUAUUUCAAACAAUUUUUAGAUGCAAAAACAAGAGAGGACUGCUGUUACCUGCUCAGUCAAACUCCAGCCGAAGUCUUUACGACUCAAGAAGAAAAAAUAAGCAACAUCUGUGAACAAAUCAGCUUCAAUGUGACCAUCCAGACCACUACAAGUGAUUGCACGAGAAAUCUCAUUAGUUUGUCUCGUGAGUUCAUCAGAACAACUUACAACUGCCUGAGGUGGGCCUUCUCAGAUAACUGAUUGUUGUCAGCUGAAAAGCAUAACCCAAACUCAGUUCAAUCCUCUCUCCAUUAAUCAGAAAUGAUUCUGUGUUGAGACAAAGAUUUUAUAAAUCUUCUCUGAUAAUAAACCUUGCUGGAAUGGAUUGGAGAUUCUGUAAACCACUUUAAAAUAUAAGCUAUAUACAUACAUGACUUUAACACAUCUGUUGCCUCAAUUACAGUUUAAUCACAAAA